CCGGCUUUCCAAAUACGGUCAUACCGCCUAAAGCUCUCUAGAAUUUUGCAAUAAAAUCGCAAACAAAGAUGUCUUAGCUUUGUGCUGCUGGACGCAAAAUUUGAACUGCAUACAGUAAAGGACGAAAUCACACUACUCGACUCAAAAGAACACACAAGGAAAAGAGAUCCCAGCAAGAUGGCCAUGUCCAAGGUGAUCCGUGUGCUGGAGAAAUCCAUUGCCCCCUCGCCGCACAGCGUAUUACUGGAGCAUCGGAACAAGAGCGACAGCAUCCUGUUCGAGUCCCAUGCGGUGGCCCUGCUGACCCAGCAGGAGACGGAUGUGAUCCGGAAGCAGUACACCAAGGUCUGCGACGCCUACGGAUGUCUGGGUGCCCUCCAGCUAAACGCCGGCGAGAGCACCGUGCUGUUCCUGGUGCUGGUAACCGGCUGUGUGUCCAUGGGCAAGAUCGGCGACAUCGAGAUCUUCCGGAUCACACAAACCACUUUCGUCUCGCUACAAAAUGCAGCGCCCAACGAGGACAAGAUCAGCGAGGUGCGCAAGCUGCUCAACUCGGGCACCUUCUACUUUGCCCACACCAAUGCCAGUGCAUCGGCAUCCGCAGCGUCGUCGUAUCGGUUCGAUAUUACGCUUUGCGCUCAGCGACGACAGCAAACGCAGGAGACGGACAACCGUUUCUUCUGGAACCGCAUGAUGCACAUCCACCUGAUGCGCUUCCGUAUCGAUUGCCAGUCCUGGUUGUUGCAAGCCAUGUGCGGCUCUGUAGAGGUGCGCACCGUCUACAUCGGUGCCAAACAGGCGCGUGCCGCCAUCAUCUCCCGGCUGAGCUGCGAACGGGCUGGCACUCGUUUCAAUGUCCGCGGUACCAACGAUGAGGGCUAUGUGGCUAACUUCGUGGAAACCGAGCAAGUGAUCUACGUGGACGGCGAUGUUACUAGUUACGUGCAGACGCGGGGAUCGGUGCCGCUCUUCUGGGAACAGCCUGGCGUCCAGGUUGGCUCGCACAAGGUGAAGCUAUCACGAGGAUUCGAGACAUCGGCCGCCGCCUUUGAUCGACACAUGAGCAUGAUGAGGCAACGAUACGGCUACCAGACGGUGGUGAAUCUGCUCGGCAGCUCCCUUGUCGGCAGCAAGGAGGGCGAGGCCAUGCUGAGCAAUGAGUUCCAGCGUCAUCACGGCAUGUCGGCCCACAAGGAUGUGCCGCAUGUGGUGUUUGACUACCAUCAGGAGUGUCGCGGCGGCAAUUUCUCGGCACUGGCCAAGCUCAAGGAACGGAUCGUUGCCUGCGGGGCUAACUACGGCGUCUUCCACGCGUCCAAUGGUCAGGUGUUGCGCGAGCAGUUCGGUGUCGUGCGCACGAAUUGCCUAGACUGUUUGGACAGGACAAACUGUGUGCAGACGUAUCUCGGGCUUGACACGCUCGGUAUCCAGCUAGAGGCUUUGAAAAUGGGCGGCAAGCAGCAGAACAUUUCGCGGUUUGAGGAGAUCUUCCGACAGAUGUGGAUCAACAACGGAAAUGAGGUCAGCAAGAUCUACGCCGGCACCGGGGCAAUCCAGGGAGGCUCAAAAUUAAUGGAUGGUGCACGAUCUGCAGCAAGGACAAUUCAAAAUAACCUACUGGACAACUCAAAGCAGGAAGCCAUUGAUGUGCUGCUAGUCGGGUCCACGCUUAGCUCGGAGCUUGCGGAUCGGGCUCGCAUCCUACUGCCCUCCAACAUGUUGCAUGCACCUACCACUGUGUUGAGAGAGCUAUGCAAGCGCUACACUGAAUAUGUGCGUCCUCGAAUGGCACGUGUAGCCGUUGGUACUUAUAACGUCAACGGCGGCAAGCACUUCCGCAGCAUUGUGUUCAAGGAUUCGCUGGCCGAUUGGCUGCUCGACUGCCAUGCCCUUGCCCGCUCCAAGGCGCUUGUAGAUGUGAACAAUCCGUCGGAGAACGUCGAUCAUCCGGUGGAUAUCUACGCCAUUGGAUUCGAGGAAAUUGUGGAUCUGAAUGCUUCCAACAUAAUGGCGGCCAGCACCGACAAUGCCAAGUUGUGGGCCGAGGAGCUGCAGAAAACGAUCUCUCGGGACAAUGACUACGUGCUGCUCACAUACCAGCAACUGGUGGGCGUGUGCCUAUACAUCUACAUCCGACCGGAGCACGCGCCGCACAUCCGGGACGUGGCCAUAGACUGUGUUAAGACAGGAUUGGGUGGUGCCACUGGCAAUAAGGGUGCCUGUGCCAUUCGAUUUGUGCUUCAUGGCACUUCCAUGUGCUUCGUGUGUGCCCACUUUGCAGCCGGGCAGUCACAGGUGACUGAAAGGAACGCUGACUACGCGGAGAUCACCCGGAAGCUGGCCUUCCCGAUGGGCAGGACGCUAAAAUCACACGACUGGGUAUUUUGGUGCGGCGACUUCAACUAUCGCAUCGACAUGGAGAAGGACGAAUUAAAGGAGUGCGUAUGUAAUGGAGAUCUCUCAACCGUCCUCGAGUUCGAUCAAUUGCGCAAGGAGCAGGAGGCGGGCAAUGUGUUUGGCGAAUUUCUCGAGGGAGAGAUCACUUUCGACCCGACGUACAAGUAUGAUUUGUUCAGCGACGACUACGACACCUCGGAGAAACAGCGAGCGCCCGCCUGGACAGAUCGCGUUCUCUGGCGUCGGAGGAAGGCGCUGGCCGAGGGCGACUUUGCUGCCUCAGCCUGGAAUCCCGGUAAACUGAUUCACUACGGACGCUCGGAACUAAAGCAGAGUGAUCAUAGACCCGUGAUUGCUAUUAUUGAUGCUGAGAUAAUGGAGAUCGAUCAGCAGCGGAGACGUGCUGUGUUCGAGCAGGUUAUCCGAGAUCUGGGUCCGCCGGACUCCACGAUUGUGGUACAUGUCUUGGAGUCUUCCACGACUGGAGAUGAGGAUGGACCAACCAUCUACGACGAGAAUGUGAUGUCAGCCCUGAUUACCGAGCUGUCCAAGAUGGGAGAGGUCACUUUGGUGCGCUAUGUGGAGGACACCAUGUGGGUCACAUUUCGGGAUGGAGAAUCGGCUUUAAAUGCGUCUUCUAAAAAAAGUAUUCAAGUAUGCGGAUUGGAUCUUAUCCUGGAGCUGAAGUCAAAGGACUGGCAGCAUCUGGUGGACAGCGAGAUAGAGCUAUGCACCACGAACACCAUACCGCUGUGCGCUAAUCCUGUAGAGCAUGCACAACUCCUGCAGGCCAUUACGCCGGAGUUGCCCCAGCGGCCAAAGCAGCCGCCCACACGUCCUCCAGCCCGCCCCCCUAUGCCUAUGUCGCCAAAGAACUCACCACGCCACCUGCCCCACGUCGGGGUCAUCAGCAUUGUACCCAAGCCGGCUAAGCCACCGAUGCCACCGCAACCGCAAUCUCAACCUCUUAUUCCGUCGCCGCUUCAGCCACAGGCGGCGCCGCCUCGUCCGCCGGCAAUGGACACCACGCCAUCCUCCAAAUCGCAAUCGCCAACGGAACUUGUGUCCGCUAGUUCUUCGACGUCCUCCUCGGGAAAGACUUCGCCCACGGCUCCAGCUGUGCUCUCCGGUCCGCCGACACCGCCGCGCCAAAUGCAGAGCAAGCAGGCCACACCCGUCUCGACGCCUACGCGCCAAGUCGGUUCGCCCAAGGAUCAGAUUCCACCUGAUACCGCCUACGAAACCGCCAGUAAUAUUUACGAGGAGAUCCAGGAGGAUGUGCCUGCGCCACGCCAUCCGCCGCCGUCUGUACCGCCGCCAGUGAUAGGAGCACCGAUGGGCCCGCCGCCACCGCUGCCGAAUCGCAGGGGCCCACCACCCAUACCAAAUAGGAGCGGCAAUGCUCCACCGCUGCCCACGCGACCCGCCAACAACUGAGCUGCAGGCUACGCACACGGAGUUGGUUAAGAAUCCAAAAAAUAUCAAGCCUCAUCCGCAACUUAACUUAUAAUGGCUAUAUUUACAGCUCGCUGUCUUGCACUCCGAUUGCAUUCCGAAUCGCUGUAUUUAAUGUUAUAUAUACUCGAAUAUAUUGGGCCACCCUGGAGGAGAACUCCUGGCAAUAUCCGCACUUCGCAUGGAAUCUAUGUUACUAGUGUUUGUUUGUUUCGAUGGUUUCUAGCCGAAAUCAAACUGAAUUUAAAGUAAACUAAUAAGUUCUAUAUAGCUAAAGCCCAAACGACCCCACACCGAUACUAUCUUUUUUUUUACUUGCUGGCCAGACGUACUCAACCCAAUUGCACUGGAUUUGCCGAGGACGAAGAUUGGAAACAAUGAAGUAUAUGGGCGACAAAGUAUUGCACUAUUCUGCAUAAAUGUAAUGUUUAAAUGAAUUAUAGCCGUACUAGUCAAAUAAUGAAAUAAAAUUAUUAAAACACUGAAGCAGCAAUCCAAAUUACAGCAAUGUAAAAGAUUCCAAUUCGAGCGACGUACCCAAACGCAUGUAUCCAUUGUUAUUGAACUACUAUUGAGAUAAAUUACAUAUUAUUCCACAUUGUUAAACUAUCGUUGCAUUCCGUCAAUUUGAGGCUACAUCCGGAUUUCUGUUUCAGUUGACUACAUAUAUAUAUCAAUGUAA